AUGUCAAAAAAGGUCCUCGACCUGGAAAAGGGAAAUUCUUACCUAACGGAGAAAGUCAAGGCACUUGAAAAUACCACCAAAGAUCAACAAUUUUGUUCCCGUAGCUCCACUAUAGAGAUCAGAAAUAUCCCCAUUAAAGACAAUGAAACACUUGACGACCUAGUAUCUGUCGUUACUGGAAUUGGAAAAAUAAUCGACGAAAAUAUAACUCGUGCAGACCUCAGGGAUUUGCGACGGGUGCCCGGAAAACAGGGUGUGCCAAAACCAAUUCUGGCUGAAUUCACAAAUGUCAACGUUAAGCGAAGCUUUAUAUCCAACACGAGGAAUUUCAACAAAAAGUCCAAGAACAAACACGACAAACUGAAUACAGAAUUGAUAGGUAUCUCGGGGACGCGUAUGCCCAUAUAUGUAUCUGAGUUCCUGCCAUUACAAAUGAAGAAACUUCUCUUCCGUACACAAGAAUUCGCAAAAGCCAACGGGUACAAAUAUUACUGGACUUCAAACGGAAUCGUUUACCUUGGGAAAAAAGAGGGAGACAAGCAAAUUAUAGUAAAAUCAGAACAAACCCUGAUAGAUCUGCAGAAAACCGUAUGA